CAACUGAUAUCUCGACUCUGAGACGUGUAGACUCUUUUCUUAAUAAAUAACAAUCGCAGGAACUUCCUUGUAUUUUACUAGGUGAAAUGCCCUGUCAACAUGGGGAAAUCACGUUACAAUACGUGAUGUUAUUUAGAAUUUUUUGGAAUGCAUAUCCUCGUGCUACAAUGCCAGAGCCCAGGCUUGACAAACAUGACUUGCAUUUUUUUUGUUUUUUUUUUUGUUUUGUUUUGUUUUUAAUCUUGCAAAAAAACGCGAGUAUGCCUUUAUUACAACUAACCUACAUACAUUAAAUAAUCACGAUGCCAUGUGAAAUGUAUGCUCAGGCCAGUUUGUCUAAGUUCUAAAGUCAGAAGAAUGCCAUGGAGAUGUAUGAGAAAGUUCUUACCAUUGGUAGGGGGGCUAGUGCAGAAGUCUUCUUGAUGAAGCAUACAGAGACAAAUAAGCUAUUUGCAAUCAAAAGGAUACAGAUAGACGGCUCUCGAAAGACAAGAACCAAAGAGGUGGUUCUGCAAGAAGCUGAAAUCCUUAGGAAGCUCAAGCAUCCCCACAUCAUUACCUGCCAUCACCAUUUCUUUGAUUCAGAAGAUGAGUAUAUUUACAUUGUGAUGGAUUACUGUGAUGGUGGGACUUUGGAUGACCGUGUCAAGGAGGGGAGAGGUUACUUUUCAGAGAACGAUGUGAUGAGGUGGUUCGUCCAGUUAGCAAUGGCUGUGCAGUACAUUCACUCUGUUAAAAUACUCCACAGGGACAUAAAGACGGCCAAUGUCUUCUUGACAAAGAAGGGCAUGGUGAAGCUUGGAGACUUUGGAAUAUCCAAAGUCAUGAAUAACACUAUGGACAUGGCAAGCACUUGUGUGGGGACUCCAAGCUAUUUGAGCCCAGAGCUUUGUCAGGAUGUACCAUACAGCUCCAAGUCAGACAUCUGGGCCCUUGGAUGCUUGUUGUUUGAGAUUUGUGCAUUAAAACCUCCUUUUGAUGCCAAGAACCUUAUCAGUCUGUUCUAUAAAAUUGUAAAAGGGGAAUACAGCAAGGUGCCAGAGAUCUACUCUAACAAUCUACAUAGUUUGAUUAAAAUGAUGCUCAACACCCUCCCAGAGGAAAGACCAAGUGCUAGUUGCAUCCUCAAUGUGGCUUACGUGCAGGAGCAUCUUGGGAUUUUUAUUAAGGAACAAGAAAUGCAUCUAACAAGACAUCUGGCUAAGCCCAGUGGUGAAAGUGGGGGUGCCCAAGCGUUAAUAGAACCCCGCAGCAGAACUGCCAUAGCACACAAGAAAAAAGAAAGAGAGCACCGCAGACCAGAAUCAGCUCCACCAUCCGUCACAGAGGAAUCAAAAGAAGAUGAAGAGGAUGCCUGUAAGUCAGACGAGAAGGAAGAGGCUGCCAGUGCUGGAGAUGAGUCAGACUAUUCUGAAGACUUUGAUGAUCAGGAUAGUCUAUCUUCAAUAGAGGAGCACAUAGAGGAUGAAUCGUCUCAGCCAUCCCCUGUGCAGAAUGAAGACAUUCCUGAAGAGCUAGAAGUUUCUUACGAUGAAGUAGAUUUGUGCGAGUACCCCGAUGACUUCGAGGAGCCGGAGGAAAAUAAUCUCACAGAGGUUGUUAACAGUGCCCGUAGUGCCAUGGAGGUCACGGCAGAGAAUGAUGCUUUCCAAGAGGAGAGGGAGGGAGGAGAACAAGGCGGUGCGCUGUCUGCCACUUUAAAAGCACUGCGAGAUAAAUGUAUAGGUGAUGUCGGUCAGACGCUUUAUGAAGAAAUCAGUUCUCAUUUCCUGAAGGGUAUGACUGCGAGUGAUUUGCUGCCCCAGUUCGAGCACAAAUUGGGGCCAGACCACCUGGAGACAUGCUACCUCAUCUUCAGCAUGGACCAGGAACAAACAUAGACUGCCUUUUCUGUAGCAUUUUUAGAAAGCAGGACUUCAUGUUGUCCAAAGACUUUAGUACUAAAGAAUUCAAUAAUGGUUAAUGCUUAUUGUGCUUGUUGUAAAUAUAUUUUUUAAAAUACUUUGCCAUUGAUUUGGCAUUAAUCUCUGGUUCUCCACUUUACAGUGGGAGCUAUUGUAAUUAUAGGUCAGUUUAUUUUUUGUUUUAAAAUUAGGGUUUUUUUCUUCACUUGAUGUUGGUUUGGAUUCAGCGAUCCUUGUUGGUUGAGAAUGGGGCUGGAGUAGCCUGUGCCUUAGAUAAUGAUGUUUACCAGCCUUGAAAUAAUGUUGAAGUUUAUCAUUUUAAUAAGGUUAUGAAUAUCACUGUGGUUAUGAAAUUCAGAUAAUUGUACAAAAAGCUAAAGAUAUCUUCCUGUGUGUCAGCUAAAGUACUCAGAUUUUGCUCUUGGCUGAUUGCAAUUGUUAAAGGCAAUUGGUUCAGUACUAGGACUUUUGUUAAUGUUAAAAAAAAAGUAAAACAUUGACUUCUGUAUUGAACUAGCUUAGCCAAAAUGCCAGCUCCAUCAAACGCCUACUAUGGAUCAAGUAUCCUUUUGUAUUGCUGGCAAUAGAGUGGAUACACAGACUAGAAUCAUAUGAAUUCAAAUGUAUUUUUAGAAAAGUAUAUGAAUACUAAAUCAUUUAACCACAUCUUAUUUCUGUAUCUUAAAAAAAAAAGUUUACUGAUUAACAACUGUGUUUGGUUAGAUGUGUGCAAUUGAUAAAAUGAAAAGCCAGAGAAUUUAAACAGUAGGGGGCAGAACAUGUCUAAAGUAUAUAAAAACCCUGUACUGGUUAAACUACCAGUGGAAACUUGCAUACCAUUGUAAAGUUAUUGCCUUAUAGAAGACUGUAUCUCUGCUUCAUUAAAGUAUAAUGAUCUUAAAAUUAGACUUAGUUAUACUUUUACAUUGUUUUAUGACAAUUUUUAAAAUAUGAUACAUAGAAUUACAGUUUUUUAUACAGUUUCACAUAUUUAUAGAAAAUAGAACUAGGCAGGGAAGGCUAUCAUGCAGUUUUAGAUAUUAAAAGAAACAACAAUUUACAUUCUGUAGGAAAGACUUACAAAAUUGUAUUGGAAAAGUACUGUGGAUAGACUUUCUGGUGCAGUGCAAAGUUCCCUUCAUAUUUCUGUAUCAGAUGGCUUGUUUUAGAUGGAAACCUCACAUUCAGACUAGCUAAAAGAUGUGUCUAUUCAGUUGAGUAGCCUCCAUGGCUGCUCGGCAGCUUAGCCAAAUGUGAAAUAAGAUGAGAGAAAAUGUAUACGCUACCGUGUAUCUGUGAUCUGUCAAGAGAAUUUGAAAUGUUCAAACACAGGAUGAAAACUGGAGCUGUGCAGAAGAUAAGUAUUGAAAGAUGAGGAAAGAACACAAAAUCAAAAAGGCAAUCCGUAAAGUGGACCAAGUAUCACCAUGACGGUUUGCUCUUUAGUUUGCGAAGUGCUAGUUGUAAAAACUGGUUUUGUGUGGCAUUUUCCCAUUGCGUUUCAUUCAUUCAAAUUACAUACUUUAUUGUUGGCCUGUCUGUCAUGGUUUUGGGUUGUUACUAUUGUGGGAGAUUUAUUUUAUUUUUUUUAGAUACACAUGCAAUAAAAAAAAUCGCAGUUAACCAUGGUAAAACUUGGCAAACACACAGUUUAAGGACGGGCACCAUUCAGUGCUGAGCCUACAGCUAUGGUCAAAAGUUUUGCAUUUAGGUUUGAGGCAAAAUUUUAAAUAAUUUAGAUCUUUAUUUUACAUCACGUAAUCCAAGAAACUACAAAUAAUAUUGCACAAGUCUACCAGAAGUCAAAGUAACAGUAUUUCAUGUUAGAUUUCAGAAUGUCACGUUUGUUGAUUUUUGUCAUUUUUUCAUUAACAGUAUGG